AACCGUGAAGGGUUGGUUGUUUUGAUUUAACAAAUUUGAAAUUUAUGAGUAGAACAGGAGAGCAAAAAGAACAAAGUAACCAGAUGAAAAUCCAUUGAGCCAAACCAAAUCUUGUGGCUAUAUUCGUACAAAUCCCCCAUGGAACCAGCAAUAGGCCAGGAAAGUGCCACGUCAUAAACAAUGUCUUCAUGUCCACGUGUCAACUUCCCAACUGCUAAUACUUGUCUCUGUAAUAUCCAAAGACAUGACCAUGGCACACCUACGUAAUUCCCUCUCUUACCUCUCCCUGAAAGAACUCACGAGCCCUUCAAAACACACGCUAAUUCUAUUCCCAUUUCGCUCCCAAAUCACGAGUUCCACUUCAAGAAAUUCGAACCCGGAUCAGCUUUGUCUACACAAAAUGGUUCACCAGGUUCCUGGACUGGACUCCAAAGAAACGAGCAGCAUUGUCGAACAAAUCUUUGACAAGUACACUUCGAAGAAUGUGAAGAGGAACGGUAAAGGGAUCGCCAUCGUUUGGUUUAGAAACGAUUUGAGAGUUUUGGACAAUGAAGCUUUGUACAAAGCUUGGAUUUCUUCUGAAAUGGUUUUGCCUGUUUACUGUGUUGAUCCUCGUCUUUUCAACGCUACCUACAACUUUGGUUUCCCAAAAACAGGAGCAUCGAGAGCGCAAUUUCUGAUGGAAUGCUUGGCUGACUUGAGAAAGAAUUUGAUGAAUCGUGGCCUGAAUUUACUCAUUCAACAUGGGGAACCUGAGGAAAUCAUCCCUUCCCUUGCUAAAUCUUUUGGAGCUCACACAGUGUAUGCACAAAAGGAAACCUGUAGUGAGGAGCUAAAUGUAGAAAGAUUGGUCAGAAAAGGUUUGCAGCAAGUGGUGUUAUCAGUUCAAUCUAAAGACAGUUCUAGGAUCUGCCCUAAACUACAAUUAAUUUGGGGUACUACAUUGUACCACCUAGAUGACAUCCCAUUUUCUCCCAGUACGAUCCCAGAUGUGUACACUCAAUUUCGCAAGUACUUUCAGGCUGUUGAAGCUAAGUGUACAGUUCGAGGCUGCAUUAGAGUUCCAACAUCUCUAGGACCAGCCCCCAGCGUUGGUGACUGGGGAUGUGUUCCUUCAACUGAACAGCUUGGACUUCAAUCACAGAAGGUUUCCAGAGGAAUGAAGUUCAUGGGGGGUGAAAGUGCUGCAGUCGGGAGAGUACAUGAGUAUUUCUGGAAGAAGGAUCUCCUUAGGGUUUAUAAAGAGACUAGAAAUGGGAUGUUAGGACCUGAUUACUCAACAAAGUUCUCUCCAUGGCUUGCUUCAGGAAGCCUUUCUCCCCGUUACAUAUACGAAGAGGUAAAGAGAUAUGAAAGGGAAAGGCAUGCAAAUGAUUCCACUUACUGGGUUUUGUUUGAACUGAUAUGGAGGGACUACUUCAGGUUUAUCUCAGUCAAAUAUGGAAAUUCUAUUUUUCAUUUAGGCGGCCCCAGAAAAUUGGAGUAUAAAUGGAGCCAAGACCAGAAAUUAUUUGAAUCCUGGAGAGAUGGCUGUACAGGGUACCCUCUCAUCGAUGCCAAUAUGAAGGAACUAUCAGCUACUGGGUUCAUGUCAAACAGAGGACGACAGAUAGUGUGUUCCUUUCUUGUGCGGGAUAUGGGGAUUGACUGGCGUAUGGGAGCUGAAUGGUUUGAGACAUUGCUACUGGAUUACGACCCAUGUUCCAAUUAUGGAAAUUGGACCUAUGGAGCUGGGGUUGGAAAUGACCCAAGAGAAGAUCGUUAUUUCAGCAUCCCUAAGCAAGCACAAACAUAUGACCCGGAAGGUGAGUAUGUGGCAUACUGGUUGCCAGAGCUACAAGCACUUCCAAAAGAGAAGAGAAAUUUCCCUGGAAAAUCAUAUAUUGAGCAAGUUGUACCUCUCAAACAUGGGAAAAUGAACAGCCAAACAAGUCAAAACACACCCUUAACUGGGAGAAGAAACAAUUUUAGAGUAAACAGGCGAUGAUAGGCUAUAAGUUUUUUUUUUUUUUUUAAGUCCAAUAAUUUAACAAGGUAUCAAUCAAGUGUUUGUAUUUUUCUCUCUUUUACAUAUAUAUUGAGACUUUUGAAGAAGCGGGCAGGGCACACUCAUUCAAAC